AUGGCACCAAAUACCAUUGCGGUUAUCGGCGGCUUGGAUGACGAUUUGAUCAUGAUUGCGAGCCGUAUUCCUGAUCGCGGCGAGAGCGUCCUUGGAAGCCAUUACCAAGAGGCUCUUGGCGGCAAAGGAGCCAAUUCAGCAAUUGCCACAUUCCGAACAUGCCACGGAUGGCUCUCGCAAAAGCAGGACUGUCUUGAUUCAGUAGCCACCUCGGGCAACAUUGACUUUGAACAACCGUCGGGUCAGCCACGCACGGCAGCAACAGCGCAACAAAUGAUGACAGAUUCGCAUAAUGACAAUAUUCGAGUCAAAAUGAUUGGUGCCGUUGGUGAUGAUAGAUACGGUGAAAGGUUCAUUGUUGAGCUAAACAAGAAUGGCGUCGAUAUAUCCGGUGUCGUGACAGUCCCAGACGCACGUACGAGUGUUUGCUUCGUCAUGAUUGAAGAAACGACGCGCGAGAACCGAUGCCUCUUCACCCUAGGCGCGACAGCAACCUGGACGAAAGAUGACUUUCUCACGGCAGAGCAGCUUGGAGACUGUAUCCGUCCCGACUUGGUUGUCGCCCAGAUGGAAAUCGACAAGCAUUCAGAAGCAGCUAUCAUGUCAGGGCGAGACAGACAUGAUGUGAACCAAGAUACUUGGCUCGCCAUUGCUCAAGAAAUCUUAAACCGAGGUGUAGCCAACGUGGUAAUCACCCUUGGCUCCAAGGGUGCCUUCUACGCCAACGCGAAAGGAAAUGGCCAUUGCCCAGCAUACGACGUGAAAUUCGAAGACACCACAGGCGCAGGCUUAGGAGCACAGCGCGGAAUUCCUUGGUCCGACGAGAUAGAUCGUUUUGAUACCCCCGAAAAGAAGCGUAUUGAUGUCUGUUCUAAGUCGCUGGCUGGGUUGGUCAGUGAUAGUAAUGCUUGA